AUGACAGACGUUGAGAAACAGGCCACGGACCAGGAUGUCGUCCUGGUGGAGUUUGACGGCCCUGACGACCCAGAGAAUCCCUUCAACUGGCCCACCUGGAAGAAAGGUCGCCAGCUGGUCCUGAUGGCCUUUAACACUUUCAUAACCCCCCUGGCCUCGUCCAUGUUCACCCCCGGCGUUGGCGAAGUCAUGAAAGAGUUCAACAUCACCAGCACCAUGCUCGGCUCGUUUGUAGUCUCGGUCUACAUCCUAGGCUACUCCUUCGGGCCCUUCCUGAUUGCCCCGAUCUCUGAAAUCUACGGCCGCGUCAUGCUGUACCAUGUCUGCAAUCUACUCUUCCUUAUCUUCACCAUUGCCUGCGCAGUCGCCCAGUCCAUGCCGCAGCUGAUUGUCUUCCGCUUAUUAGCGGGCAUGGCGGGCGUCUGCCCGUUGACCAUUGGCUCAGGCACUGUCGCGGAUAUGGUUCCUAAAGAGAAGCGCGCGGGCAUCAUGGCCAUCUGGGCAAUGGGCCCUAUUCUCGGACCGGUCGUUGGGCCCGUCGCUGGCGGCUUCUUAGCUGAAGCAGAGGGCUGGCGCUGGGUGUUCUGGGUCAUAGCUAUUACCACUGGCGUCAUGAUGAUCCUAACCAUAAUCUGGUACCGCGAAUCCUACGGCCCCGUCGUCCUGCAACGCAAAGCCGCACGUCUCCGCAAAGCCACCGGAAACCCUGACCUGCGCGCCGCGCACGAAGUCGACAAAUUCAGCACGCAGCUCUUCCUAUCCGCUCUCGCACGCCCGAUCAAGCUCCUCUUCGGCUCGCCAAUUGUGUUCCUGAUGGCGCUGUUCGCUGCAACGACCUACGGCUACCUCUAUCUCAUGUUCACGACCAUCACGUCCAUCUUCGAAUCGGAAUACGGCUUCUCGCCUGGUGUAGCGGGCCUGUCAUACUUAGGGUUCGGGAUCGGAAGUAUGCUGGGUCUUGUUAUCACAGGCGCCGUGUCUAACCACAUUGCCACGGUCCAUAUAAAACAGGGCCGCUUCUCUCCGGAAUCGCGUUUGCUGCCUAUGAUGGUUGGGUGCUGGUUCAUGCCCGCCGGGUUAUUCUGGUAUGGCUGGGCCGCCGAGGCAGGAACGCACUGGAUCGUACCGAUUCUAGGCACGGGUGUUUUUGCUGUGGGGUUGAUGGUUGUGUUUAUGUGUGUUAGUACUUACCUUGUGGACUCGUAUCUGCGGUAUGCGGCGUCGGUGACGGCGGCGAAUACGGUGUUGAGAUCGUUGGUUGGGGCGCUGUUGCCCCUGGCUGGGCCGUCUAUGUAUCAGGCGUUGGGGCUGGGGUGGGGGAAUUCGUUGCUGGCGUUUAUUGCGCUGGCGAUGUGUGUUGUGCCGUUUGUGUUUUGGAAGUAUGGGGAGAGGAUAAGGACAAAUCCGCGGUUCCAGGUGAAGUUGUAA